AGAUCUCUCUCUCUCUCUCUCUCUCUCUCUCUCAAAAUGGGAAAGAUAGAAGAAGAAGAAGAAGAGGCUAAUCUCAAAUCACAGCUAGUGACUGACAUCUGCUUCAUAGCAUCCAGAUUUACUUCCUGCCCGCACCGUCGCCGACACCCAAGAAAACCUGCUUUCAUAGAUUGGUAUCUUCUUCUUCGAAUCAAAGAAGAUGCUGGAAUCGACGCCAUCAGGAAGCAAUAUCGUCAAUUGGCUUUACAACUUCAUCCAGAUAAGAACAGGCAUCCAAAGGCUGAGGUUGCAUUCAAGCUCAUCUCAGAGGCAUAUGCAUGUCUUUCCGACAAAGUAAAAAGAAAAGCCUUCAACUGUGAGAGACAGAACAGCUUCUGCAAUGAAUGCGACGCAAGAUUCCAGUCUGAAAACCACAAUCCGGCCAACUUUCCAAACACUGAAAAACUGAAGCAAUGCUAUUCUGCAGAAAGGGCAAGAUCAAAUAGAGUUUUACAGACUCUGAAACUCAGAGAGAGACUCAAGGAGGAAGCCAAGGUGAUAGAGAACUGCUUGAGAGCCCAUGAAGCUUCCAAGAAAGAAUUUCCACUUUUUGAUCCAUCAGACUAUCUAUUCUUUCCGAAUUACCCACACCACCGGUCUCAGAUUUUCAUUAAUCCCAACAAGGACUUUCGGGGGGUCCCACAUACUGGAAAUAUUCGAAUGCAUGACUACAAAAGAGGGAAGUGUGAAUCCCCAGUUUAUGAGAUCAGAUCAGGAAACCGAUCGGCCCGGACCAGGCCCACCACAUGCAGAUCCUGAUUCUGCCAGUACAUGGAUAUGACAAUGAAAAGCAGCACACAAUCUUAGAUGAUUCGUGAGUGGCUGGCCUCUCAUUUGGGUCUUUGUGUUUACAUCUCCAAUGUUUUUUUUGUAGGAUGAUUCAAAAUGAGAAACUU